UGAGUGCAUGAAAAUUCUCAAAAUAAAAACAUCAGCUUCAGUGGUCGAGCCUCCCCCAGGCAGUGGCACCGGCGGUGGGUGGCAAUGGCCGCGCUGCGGCUACCAAGAGCCCCGGCCACGGCCGCCCUCGGCUGCGUCCCGCACAGACUCCGAACCCCGGAGCAAACCCCGCCGCGGCAUCCCAACACGGCCCACCUCAACGCGCUGCUCACGGCCUACGGCCGCCGCGGCCGCAUCCGGGACGCUCAGCAGCUGUUCGACAGGAUGCUGCGCCGCGACGUCAUCUCCUGGACCGCUCUCCUCACCGCCUACGCCGACGGCAGCGACCUCGUCUCCGCGCGCCUCGUCUUCGACGACAUGCCCCGCCGCAACACCGUCUCCUGGAACGCGCUGCUCUCCGUCUACCUCCGCGCGGGGAGGCCCGCGGCCGCGCAAGCCCUCUUCGCGAAGAUGCCGGCCAAGAACGCCGUGUCCUACGGCGCAAUCAUCUCGGGGCUCGCCAUGGCUGGGAUGCUGCGCGAGGUCCAGGCGGUGCAUGGGGAGAUGCCGCUGCAGUGGAGGGACCCGGUGGGGUCGAACGCUAUGAUGGCUGGGCACUUGAGGGCUGGGGAGCUUGGCAUGGCGUUGUGGGUGUUCGAGGGAAUGGCGGUGAGGGACGUCAUCUCCUGGAGCACGAUGGUCGAUGGGCUCUGUAAGUACGGGAUCGUGUCAGAUGCGAGGAGGUUGUUCGAGGCAAUGCCGGAGCGGAAUGUGGUGUCUUGGACCUCGAUGAUUCGGGGAUACAUAAAACGUGGGAUGUGCAGAGAUGGUCUGUUGCUGUUCCUGGACAUGAGAAGGGAAGAUGUUCAGGUUAAUACGACGACACUCUCAGUUGUGCUAGAUGCUUGUGCUGAAGCCUGUCUUGUCGGAGAAGGAAUUCAGAUUCACAGCUUGAUUAUAACAAUGGGGUUUGAAAUGGAUGUUUUCUUGGGUGAUUCGAUAAUCAUAAUGUAUUCUCGGUUGGGUUGGAUGGUCGAUGCUAGAAGGGUGUUUGCUUGCAUGAAGCAGAAGGACAUAGUAUCAUGGAACUCUUUGGUCACGGGGUAUGUUCAGAAUAACAUGAUUGAAGAGGCACAUGUGCUGUUCAAGUUGAUGCCCGAGAGGGAUGCUGUUUCUUGGACAUCGAUGAUUGUUGGGCUUGCUAAUAGAGGUUGGAUGAGAGAAUCUGUUGAACUUUUCGAGCAAAUGCCUGGAAAAGACGAGGUCUCUUGGACUGCAGUUAUUUCUAGUUAUAUUGCGAAUGGAGACUGCGUAAGUGCUGUGAAGUGGUUCUGUCGCAUGUCACGGGAUGGGUGCAAACCUAAUACAGUAGCUUUUGGUUGUUUGCUGAGUGCUUUGGCUAGCCUGGAAAUGUUGAGUCAGGGAAUGCAAGCUCAUGCUUAUGCAAUCAACAUGGGAUGGGUACUUGACUCAGCUGUUCACACUUCUUUGGUGACAAUGUAUGCAAAAUGUGGAAGGUUGGCUGAGGCUCAUCAUAUUUUCUCAAGCAUUAGCAAUCCAAGCCUUAUUGCCACUAAUUCUAUGAUUACAGCAUUUGCGCAACAUGGCUUGGCUGAAGAUGCGCUCAAACUUUUUGACAGAAUGCAAAAUGGUGGCCAAAAGCCUAACCAUGUGACAUUUUUGGGAAUCCUGACUGCGUGUGCACGUGCUGGUUUAAUCCAACAAGGUCAUGACUACUUUGAAUCAAUGGGAGCAAUCUAUGCCAUUGAACCAAACCCUGACCACUACACAUGUAUGGUUGACCUUUUAGGUCGUGCAGGCUUCCUUGCUGAAGCACUGGAAAUGAUUAAAUCGAUGCCCCAGAAGGAUUAUCCUGAUGCAUGGGCAGCUUUGCUAAGCUCAAGUAGCCUCCAAUUUAAUCUUGCUUUUGCAAAAAUAGCAGCACAAAAGCUUCUUGAGAUGGAUCCUUACAAUGCAGCAGCUUACACAGUUCUGUCAAACAUGCUUUCUUCAGCAGGGAUGAAGGAUGAUGAGGAAAUGCUAAAAGUUGCACAGUUAUCCAACAUGGCUAGUAAAAGUCCCGCAUAUAGCCUUAUUAUACAGGAUAAAACUACAGAGCACUUCUAGUCCUAGGUAACUGUGUAUUGGAAAAGGCUGAAUAGCAUGAGGCUAAGGCUUCCACCUGGACCUCCAACAUGGCCAAUCUUUGGGAAUCUUCUCCAGUUGAGCUCUCUUCCUCACAAGGACUUUGCUCGAUUUUGCACCAAAUAUGGUCCCCUU